AUGCAAGGCGCCCUGGAUGAAGCGGGUCGUGCGGCGAUCCGAGCGGAAGUCGGUGCAGAUGCGCUAUCCAAGAUCGCCUGCCACAGCUGUCGCCGAAGAAAGGUGAAAUGCGAUCGCAAGCUCCCGCACUGCUCCAUCUGCACCCAGAAUGGCCAGCAAUGCUCUUAUCCGGAGCGCAUGCUCAAGCCAGGGCCGAAGCUAGGCUCGAAAAACGCCCGCCACAAAAGGCGACGACUCAGCGGGAGCCACGACGACGAUACUGAGCUGGAGUACGCUGUUGAGCAGACAGAGCAUUCAGAUCCAGACCCCACUGAAGCCCCGCGGAGGACUGUCUCCAUCAGCUCGUCUUCCACGACACUGAGGAAUCCCAAGGAUAUCCAGAGUCUAUCGUUCAUCAUCCACCCGUCGCACGAGUCAACCAGCCCGCAGAGUCAGCGCAUCGCGGAAUCGCCCAAUGGUCGGUCGCCGUCGAGCGGCUCACUCGUCAUCGCAGCAUGUGCGGCUAUGCAAAUCGCCCCGGACAUGAUGAACGUGUUGGCCGAGAAUUACUUCAGGACCUUCAUGUCCUUCCGCCUUUUCCCCGAAAGCAGGUUCUGGGCGCAGAUCCUCCAGAUCCAGGAUCUGAACACCGUCAAGGCUCUGUUGGCGCCCAUCGCAGCGUUUGCUGUCAAACAAUGGGAGCCGACCCCGGCACAGCUAGGCUUCAGCCCGGUCGUUGCCACCAUCUCAGUCGCAGGUCUAAUUGAGUUCGCCAUGAAAGCCGCCAAUGCCGCGCUCGUCGAUUGUGGAGAUGAGCCGCCUCCGCUGCCUCUACUACAGUCCCUGGUACUCAUCAGCCAUUGGCUGCUCAUACAGGGCGUCAGGGGUCGAGCGUGGCGCUACCUCGGCGUCUGCAUCAGGGUGGCGUACGAGCUGAACCUGCACCUCGUCGACUCAGGCAAAACGUCGGAUUGGAUAGACAACGACCCGACUGGCUGGGCACAAGAUGAAGAGAAGCGCCGAGCUUGGUGGGCAAUAUGGGAGAUGGACGUGUUUGCCAGCGUCAUCAGACGAUGCCCCACCGCUAUCAGCUGGCUACAGAACGAAACAUUCCUUCCCGCAGAGGACAACAUGUGGGAGCAGCAGCAACCGCAGCGCAGCUGUCUGCUUGAGAUCAACACCAUGAGCCGCUGCAAAGUCCUCCAGGCCACCGGCAACCACUCUCCCCGGGCAUGGUUUGUGGUCAUCAACUCGAUUAUGAAAGACGCCCAGACGAUAUCCGCCCCCAACGGCGUCAACAGGUCUCUGGGCUCCGAGCUUGGCUGGGAGGGAGCCUUUACGCCCCAGCAGCAGGCCGCCAACCAGGCCGAGCGCAUCGACGAAGCCCGCAAGCGCUUGACGACCUUCUACAAUGCAGCCCGCUACUUCUCCAUGGCUUUGCCGGGGAGCUUGAAAUACCGCGGGCAGUACCUGAAUUUUGACUCCACCGCCGCGGUGCAGGUCCUGGCCGGCACAAAGACGCUGAGAGAACUACACGCACAGAUCUACAGCAUCCACCUCAUGACGCAACUCGCCUUCCUGAUGACGCUCAAAUACCACCUGUUCAAAACCUCGGGCCGACAUACCGGCGGGCACGGCCGAAAACGCGAAGGCAGCCACGGCUCACCUCGCGACGGGGGAAGCCGCUCGCGCCAUACCGAGUCACAGAACCAGGAGAAUGUCGACCAGUACUUCGAGGCGUCGAACUCGAUCCUCGACAUCACCCACCGUUGCAACGACCAGUUCUACCGCUACAUCAACCCGUUCCUCGUCAACACGAUCUGGCUGGCCGCCGCCGUGCAGCUGCUCCGACGAGAGCUGUACUGCGCCGACGACACCGAGAAGGAGCUCGUGCACUCGAAUUUCGAGGUCCUCAGGAUGGCGUACGACCAGUUCGUCGAGUAUUGGCGCUCCAUCGAUACAGCCAAGAAGAAUCUCGACGCGCUCGAGGGCCAGCUCAAAGCGUUUCAGGUCCGGGCCAAAAAGGAGGCCGGCGCGGCCGGCUGGCCCCACGCGACUCGCGGUGGCGACGACGACGACGACGCAGAGGAUGCGGAUCGUGCGGUGGCAGCGGGCAGAUAUCCUCACGCCAAUGCGCAAGGACAGCGGGAUUCAGAUCUUUCUAGCUCACGUGCAGUCCUGGACCCAGCGCCAGCUACGUCGCAACCUUCCGGUGGCAGGCCGAUCAACGGCGCCGUAGAAGGCACCUAUCCCAGCGGCAGUUCCAAUUCCCUCACUGACUGGUCCAACGCCAAUAAUGAUGGUCCCCUCGCAGAUCAAAACGGCAUCGCCAAUAGUUCGCAGCCUGGUACGAUGGCCGGUUUCGGAAACGACACGUUCACGCUUCAGGAUCAGAACUUCUUUGACCCCUUUGGCCUUCCUGCCGACUUUGAUUUCAGCAUGGGUAUGGGCUCUUAUAAUAGCUUUGACGAUGUGUUUUCGGGCUCCGUCAUAUAG